AUGAACAGUUUAUAACUAUCUGAAUUCUCAAACCGUGUUUUUGAUCGCUAUGACAAAAAUCAUUCAGGAUUUAUUGAAAAAGAUGAAUUAAAUACAUUGUUGUAUAAUUUGGCUAUGGAAAUGAAUUCCCAGUAACCAACGAAAAAGGAAAUUGAUUACAUGUUAUCUUAUUUGGAUACAAACAAUGACAGUAAGAUAAGCCGAACAGAAUUUUAGAGAUUAGGAGAAUUAAUGGUUAAAGUAUUAGGAAACAAAUGA